GUAUUGCCGGAGCUAUCUGGUCGGCCGCCUGGUGGUUCCUGUCGUACGAGAAACCGUCCACCCACCCGACCAUCACGGAAGAGGAGCGUGUUUACAUCGAGAAUAGCAUUGGAGAGUCAACGUCUGUAAUCUCAAAGAGCAUACCUACCCCUUGGCUGAAAUUCUUCACCUCUACACCUGUCUGGGCAAUCAUGGUGGCUAAUUUCUGUCGUUCAUGGACGUUUUACCUACUCAUCAUAUCCCAACCCGCGUACUUUGAAGAAGUCUUUGGAUUCAAAAUAGACGAGGGUUUCGGCAUGGAGGCUAUCUUUCUCCUAGGAGUCAGUUUCACCACCACAACCGCCCCCGCAAUCGUCUGUCUGACCCUGGCUGUAGGCUUUAGUGGAUUCGCCAUCUCAGGCUUCAACGUUAACCAUCUGGAUAUUGCCCCUCGCUACGCCAGCAUUUUGAUGGGACUCUCCAACUCCGUGGGCACCUUGGCAGGCAUGCUGUGUCCCAUAGUCGUCCAAGCCAUCACUAAAGACGCCAGAGAGAAACCCGAGAAUGAUAAGGGUUACGACGACUAUAUACCUACCCAGUACAGCCCCGUCUACGAGACCAAGGAGACGUUUGUACAAAAACCCGCAAAAGAGAAAUACUACAGUGACGACAGCGAGAAAGACUUCUAGAACUUUCCUAGACGAAGACAUCUACAACCUUCCAAAACGAAGACCUCUGGAACUUUCGGAGACGAAUUUCGAUCAUGUCCAUGGCGAGGGAGACGGGAAAGAGAAAAGAGCGAGGAUAAGAAAUUAAAUAGUACUUAUGAGUAGUGCCAUUAACUCCUCCCC